AUGUCGCAGUACUUGCCGUCGUCGUCUUCUGCCCCCGGUGGACGUCGCAAGAAGGUCUUCGAGUAUUUGAAAGCGGCCAAUGAAUUGCGCCAGUCGUACGCCGCACAAUGGACACAGCAACGAAACGGCCUACGCGAUUACGAUGAGGAUUACUUCAAUACGCCGGGGGCUUUCCCGGACGUCGAGAUCGCGAGGUCCGGCGAUGAAGAGAUGGUGAUAUUUCCGAGUUACGCGCGUCGGCUGAUCAAGGGCCAGCAUCCCUCGCGAGAACAAGCGAGGCGACGUCGGGAUUCGACUUCCACGAUUGAUGAAUACCGGGGUGGCUCGGAGGAGAUCGAACGGCCCUUGGCAGAUUGGGAGGUGAUCGAGGAUGAAAACGCAAUUGUCGCUGUCGACGUGCGCGGCUGGGUUUACGCACCUCAUCGCGGGCCGAUGACUCGAAAGCAUCGCUUGAUGAUUGCGCUCGCUCGAAAGCUGAGUGGCGUUCCGGCUCCGAAUAAUCCUUCGAACGAGGCCGAGGAUCCAAAUGCUGCUGGGUCUAUGGGAACCACGCGUGGAGGGAGGGAGGAUGAGCUUGUGGACACGGAAGCACAAUCGAUCAUCAGAAAGGCCGAAGGGAGGACAGACACGGGUCUUGAGGAUGGGACACUACCAGGUCGACCUUUGCAAAAGACAUCGACAUCGACGUCACUGGAGACAAUACCCAUGAGCAAGGAUGAGCUUUCUGUUGCUAAUGCCCAUCUCAUGGAGAGACUGCGUCCAUUCCUGACAAAUCCUAUGACGGAGAUGCCUGUGACCGUCUUCUUUUUCAAUGAUGGGAAGAGUCAGUCUAGGAGCAUCAUGACUGACGAAUCCGGUCACUUUAUGCUUCGUGCUGCGCUCCCUUUUGUGCCGACCCAUGUUCGCGUGCUGGCUUCGGAGGAGCUGUCCGCCGUGAAGGGGGUCCAGAUUGUCGAACCGACGGGUGUCAGCUUGAUCAGUGAUGUCGAUGACACGAUAAAGCAUUCCGCCAUCGCUAGUGGCGCCAAAGAGAUCUUCCGCAAUACCUUCGUCCGCGAGCUGGCCGAACUAACCAUCCGCGGAGUCCCAGAGUGGUACAACAAGCUGGCUCAGAUGGGCGUCGAAGUCCACUACGUGUCCAAUGCACCUUGGCAACUAUAUCCAUUGCUUGAACGAUACUUCAAACUGGUCGGACUGCCUCCUGGCUCUGUCCACUUGAAGCAGUACAGUGGUAUGUUACAGGGCAUUUUCGAGCCCACUGCCGAACGCAAAAGAGGGCCCCUUGAGCAAAUUCUGCGAGACUUCCCUGAGCGCAAGUUCGUUCUAGUUGGUGAUAGUGGCGAGGCCGAUCUUGAAGUUUAUACCGACAUUGCCUUGGCCAACCCUGGACGGAUCCUGGGGGUCUUCAUCCGCGACAUCACAACGCCAGAUCGUAAGAGGUUCUUUGAGAAGUCGGUCGAACAUUUAGAUAAUGCUUCGUCACGAAGCCGCAGCACCUCUCACCUUCACGAUGACUCGGACAUGAUUGCUAAACGACCUACACUACCACCCCGCCGAACACAACAAUCUCCCAGUCCCCCUUCAGAGAUCAAAGAGCUGGAUAAUGCCGACUUGAUUGAUCUCCGGGAUGAGGUUGAGUCAAGUCCGUCGGAGGAUGCGUUGAAGCCCCUUAAUGCACGAGCACCUCCCGCAAAGCCGUCCAAGCCGUCUUCUCUGCGCACUGUCUCGACCACCUCCGAACUAGAUAAUGGCAGCUCUUCUUCCUUGCCACAGGACGCAAUCAAACGGAAACCUGUGCCGCCUCUACCGGCUCGGCGUAACCCCCAAGCAGGGCAGGGAUUAUCGGAGACGAGCUCCACCAGCUCUCUACCCACUCGCCCUAAGCCAAGCAGCGACAACAGCUCAUUCGUAUCUCAAGACCCGAACGACAGAAGGCCUUCACGUACGAAGCAAGCGCCACCUCCGCCUCCACCUCGUCGAAGCAAUACUGCUGCCUCCACAUCCGCGGCAAGCGUCAGUUCCACACAAACCAGCUCUCCCCGACCUCCUCCCCAGAAACCACCGCAAUCAUACCCAGCGGCUGCAGCCACCGCCGCCUCCGCGGCAAUACAGUACGCGUCUGACCGUCUCCCCUGGGCCCCUUCACCGUCCAACCUCCUCCGAACCACCACAUCCAAUUCCAACCUCCGCAACAGCAGCGAUAGCCAGGACUCUGACUCGCAGUCUGGCCUCGCCUAUCCCAGCUCCGCAGUCGGUCCGUUGCCCAAUCGCCGCGAGGAAUUGUGGCGCCGACGCUGGGAACGAGCUCAUGAUCUUCUGGCUGACCAUGGCGUCGUCCUUGGAAGUUGGCGCGAGGGCAAAGAUGUGCAAGAUGUCAGUAUUUGGUUGGUAGAGGAGGCGUUGAAGGAAGCGAAGCGAAAUGCAGGUGGUGGAGGGUUUAAGGCGUAG